CGACCCGGAAGCAGCGGGGCGGCGGCGGCGGCGGCGGCGGCAUGUUCACGGCGGGGGCGGAGAGUCUGCUCCACCAGGCCAGGGAGAUCCAGGAUGAGGAGCUGGAGAAGUUUUGUUCCCGGGUUGUUAAGCUGCUGCAGAAGGACGAGCCGGGGCCUGAUGCGGUGGACGCCCUGCAGAGGCUCUUCCUCAUCGUCUCAGCCACGAAAUACAAGAGGAAGCUGGAGAAGACGUGCAUGGACCUGCUGCAGACCACCCUCUGCUCGCCCAAGUGUCCCGAGCAGCUCCAGUUCCUUUGUGCCGCCAUCCUGAGAGAGAGGUCGCCUGCUGAUAGCCUGAGCCUGUCCUGGGACCACGUCCAGAGCAGCCAGCAGCUGAGCCUGGUGGCCUCUGUGCUCUUGGCCCAGGGUGACAAAAAGGAGGAGGUCCGAAGCGUGGGCCAGCACGCCUUCAGAGUCCUCGAGAGCCGGCAGCCCGAGGGGCCCAGUCUGAGACACCUGCUCCCGGUCUUGUCCAAGGUCACGCACCUGGCCCCGCACACCCUCCAUGAAGACCAGACCAACCUGCUCAGCAAGAGGCUGGUGGAGUGGCUUCGCUACGCGAGCGUCCAGCAAGGGGUCGCACACACUUCCGGAGGCUUCUUCUCCACACCCAGAGCCCGGCAGCCGGGCCCUGUCACCGAGGUGGAUGGGGCGGUGGCCACAGAUUUCUUCACGGUGCUGUCCACGGGCCAGCACUUCACGGAGGACCAGUGGCUGAACGUGCAGGCCUUCUCCAUGCUGCGGGCAUGGCUGGUGCACAGCGGCCCCCAGGGCCCCAGCGCCCCGGACGCAGGCGACAGGUCGGAGCCGGAGGGCUCCACCCUGUCCGUGCUGUCGGCCGCCUCCACCGCCAGCCGCCUGCGGCCCCCCCGGGAGCGGCUGAGGGACAAGGCCUUCGAGUACUGUCAGCGCCUCGUGGAGCAGAGCACGCGACGAGCCCUGAGAAGGGGGGACGCGGACCUGCAGAAAGCCUGCCUGGUGGAGGCCGUGCUCGUGCUGGACACGCUCUGCCGGCAGGACCCGUCCUUCCUAUACCGCACGCUGUCCUGCCUGAAGGCCCUGCACGUGCGGCUGUGUGGGGACCCGGCCCGGGCGCGGGCGCUCCUGCCCAUCGCGCAGUUCUUCCUGAGCCACGGGGAGGCGGCCGCCGUGGACUCGGAAGCCAUCCUGCAGCACCUGUUCACCAGGGUCCCCUGCGAGCUCUUCCACAGCCCCAUGCUGGCCUUCGAGUUUGUCCGCUUCUGCGGGGACAGCCUUCCCCUGUUCGGCAGGAACCUUGACAUUCUCAAGCGGAGCUUCCCCAACCUCUUCAAGCUCCUGGCCUGGAACAGCCCGCCCCUCACCUCGGAGUUCGUGGCGCUCCUCCCGUGGCUGGUGGACGCCAGCACGGCCGUGGAGAUGCUCCACGCGCUGCUGGACCUGCCCUGUCUGACCGCGGCCUUGGAUCUGCAGCUCAGGCUGUCACCAGCUGCGUCUGAGAGGCCACUGUGGGACACCUCCCUCAGGAACCCCAGCUGCCUGGAGGCCUCCCGAGACCCAGAGUUCCAGGCUCUUCUCCAGCACCUGUUGCGGGCUAAGGCCAGCGGAACCGUGCAGAGGUUGGCACCACUCCACCAGCUGCUGCAGCCCAUGACCAGCUGCGCCCGCGUGGUCCAGUGCGCCGAGGCCGUGCCCACCCUGCUCCAGGCGUUCUUCUCCGCAGUGAGCCAGUUUGCCGACGGGGCCCUGACCAACCAGCUGGUGCUGGUGCUCCUGGAGAGAAGGGACUCCCUUUACCAGGUGCCCCAGUAUGAGGCCCGUGUGCACAGGGUGCUGAGCUCACAGCUCCUGGCCCUGUGCGCGCUGCACCCGUCGCUGGUGGUCGACCUGGCGAAAGAGCUGCUGGAGUUCGUGGGGAGCGUGAGCAGCGUCCACAGCAGAGAGGCCAUGCUCGCCGCCGUGGCCUGGGCCGUCGGCGAGUACCUGUCCGUGUCCUGGGACCGGCGGUGCACCGUGGAGCAGAUCACCAGGUUCUUCGAGGCCCUGGAGGCCCUGCUGUUCGAGGUCACCCAGUCCCGCCCGUCUGCCGCCCUUCCCAAGUGCCCCCCACAGGUCAUCGCCGUGCUCAUGACCACACUGACCAAGCUGGCCUCCCGGAGCCAAGACCUGAUUCCCAGGGUCUCUCUGUUCCUGUCAAAGAUGAGGACCCUGGCGCAGAGCCCAGCGCCGAGCCCCGUGCACGGUGAGGAGGACGCGGGAGCCAUCUGCACGCGGGCCACCGAGCUGCUGACCCUGCUCAAGAUGCCCAGCGUGGCCCAGUUUGUGCUCACGCCCAGCGCAGAGGUGUCCGAGCCCCGCUAUCACCGGGACGCCAACACAGCCCUGCCGCUGGCCCUGCGCACGGUCAGCCGCCUGGUGGAGAAGGAGGCGGGCCUCCUGCCUGGAUGAGGGACGGUGGCCGGGGGGACGGCGGCCGGCCGCAGAUUAAGAGCCUGGUAUUAGGGCCAAGCCGCAGCUGCCGUGACCAGAGGGCAAGUCAGGAGGGGCGCGAGGCCCGGGGAGGAGGCCUGGGUGGGUCUGGGUCCCUCCGUGCUAAGUCAGGGCUGUCCCGUCCUCAGCCUUCGGGUGUCUGGGUGUUUGUCUCUCUGCUGUGCUGAGCUGUGUGGUGAAACGGGAUUUGGAGCUCUCACGCUGUCAGGGGCUGGAUGGGGGCUGCUUGGUCUGUUUCUGGCUGCCCCUCGCUCGGGGGCAAGAAGAGGUGCAGCAACAAUAAACCUCUUUCAGAAAGUC